AUUUCUUAAAAUGCUUACGGUACUUCCGGUUGGACGCUCCAAGCAACUUCUGCUUUCACUAGUAACUUGAAAGAACUUCUGAUGUGAAAGCAAAGCGUUUUUCAUCUGAAAAUGUGGAGUGCAUCAGUACAGAGGGAAAGUCUCAGUGGACUUAUUAUGUUACACUUUGAGUAUGAACGAGGAAAUAGUUGAACCUGCAGCAAAUGAAGCACUCUGCAGAGCCAGGACACAGGAGGCCGUACAGACAGGGGAAGAGAUAGAUGAAGACUCUGCAUCCCCCAGGCAUCAUGAUGUUGUUGAUGACCCCCUUCUGCUCUCCCCACCGGCUGAAUCCGAGCUCUGUCUCCCCGGGGAACAGGACGAUGAGGAGUCAGGGGCCACCCAUCAGGACCCCACCCGGCAGAAGCGGCGGCGCACAGACCAGGCCUGUGCCAAACCACGGCGUGCAAGAACAGCAUUCACAUAUGAGCAGCUGGUUGCUCUCGAAAAUAAAUUCCGCACGACCCGUUAUCUGUCUGUGUGCGAGAGACUAAACCUGGCUCUGUCCCUGAGUCUGACCGAAACCCAGGUGAAAAUCUGGUUUCAGAACAGGAGGACCAAAUGGAAAAAGCAGAACCCCGGGGCGGACAGCAGCACCUUACAGCCCGGCUCCAACUCCCUACUCAACUCCAGUCCAAACCUGCCCCCCUGUGUGGCGAGCCCCGCCAGCUUCCACCAAACUUUCCCCAAUUUCAGCUCUGGGACUGUGAUCUUCCACACGGCCAGUGGUGUUCCAAUUUCAUCCACUGGAGGGCUCUUGCAUCCCUUCAUGUCCAGUGGUUAUGUCCAGCCUACUUACUUUAACCCACAUCUAUGAGAGAAGCCAAGAUUGACUGCAGCUGAUGAAACUGUCAGGCAAAUCUUUAAAAGCUGAACUUUUACCGCCCAGAAUUAUUGUAACUGUUGCAUUAACGCCAUCAUGUUCUACCAACUGAGGAGAAAAGGAGGCACCUGUUCGUCACAGCGUUUGUCAUGUUCCAUAACCAAAUGCAACCCCAUUUGAAGGAGAUUAAAACUUUAUGACAUUUCAAGUAGGGUUAACAUUUUUAUUUGAUUUUGUCAUGGACCUUAGACAUGACAACAAACCAAAUGCCAAAUCUGCAAGUUCUAAACACUGCCAAGACAGCAC